AUGGGCAAGACCAAAGGACAACGUAUAAAGGGAAAUGUGCAACCAGCUAGUAGCAGUCGUGCCGCUGAAAUACUAGCCUCCAGCAGCUCACAAUUACCAACGGCAAACUUAGGAGGCUUUGCCCAAUUCGUAGGUGGCACUCCUUUUGCUCCAAAUCCUCCUGCGGUAGGAGAUAGUACCACUGAUAGUAUGGCUGGAUCAAAUAUGGAUCCAGAGUUAGUUCUUAUCUUUAAGAAAUUAUCUAAACGUGAUACAACCACAAAAUUGAAAGCAUUGGAGGACUUGGAAGCCUACCUCCGAAAAAAUGAAGAAGACGAUUUUGGUUCAAAUGGACUCAUUGGU